GCUGUUUCGAUGUUUGCGCAAAGAAGCAUACCACGCAUGCCCUCUGUUGUAAGGCUGGUACCCAAGUGGCCGACAGCCAUGGCAACAUUAAACUGUGCGGCUCUCCGUCCCCUUCCUGAUCGACUGACUUCCUCGUACAGCUUUUCACGGUGACUGGUGUAAUGGCACUUCUUACAUCGAAUGUAAAGGAUCCAUGCCAGGCCUCUCUUUUCCUCCCCAUGCUGGUUCCAGUCCAGUGAACUGUCAAAGUCCCGGAAUUUCUUCCGCGACAGGAGAAGGAAUGAGGUUGGCAGGACUUUCCGCACUGUCCUUGGUAGCAGCUGAUGAUGGAACGGACAGCAGUUUACAUGGCCCGUUUCAUCAAAGAUGCACCGGAAGCAGCAGCACUAUCUCCAUCACUGGUGAAAUGGGAAAUGAUGAGUGGACAGUCAUCACUUUGCAGCUCACUGAUUCAUUUCGCAGCCCAUCUCUUUUUGUCUUUAAUGGUGGUCUCUGGAGGAAUGGUUGCAGUGCAGCCUUCAUGUCCGGGGCAGCUUGGAAUGGUGUUUUCCCUAUCGCACUGAAGGCGGCAUUGUUAUACCGGGCAUCUCCUUCCGCUCUUAUAGGUGUAUUGGCAAGUCCACAUUUCUCGUUAAGCUCUUGA